CAUGAAACAAUGCAACUGCCGGCGUAUAGCCUGGAGGUGCAGGGAUAUCUGCAUUUUUGUCUUGUUUACUUCUAAAAACAUCAAAUAAUUAGAGUAAUUUCAGAGAUUAGGAACUCCAUAUUCAUUUUGUACAAUAUCACAUAAAAACGUUAAAAUUGCAUUAGGUAUAUUCUGGAUUUUCUAACAUGUCACUAUCGGUUCGUAAAGAUAAUGCAUUUUAAUUUGUACAAUUUGCAUGAUAAUAUUAUAAAAAAAGCAAUGAAAUUGAAUCGAAUAUAAAAAGUCAGCAAAAUUCAUUCGACUGAAUCAGUGUGAAUGUGACAAAUUUGUGUUCGUAUGAAACCUAGCCUAUAUAACUUUUAACUAUAGAUUAAAUAGUCGAGAUGAAUAGCUUGUUAAUGUUUGUUUUAAAUUUAUGAAUGAUUUAUAAAAAUUAACUAAAUCAAAUUUAAAUCUUAAAAAUAUAAGAUGAAACAGGUUACUAACUUGUGAGCAAAGUCCAAGGCCCAUUUCGAUCGUUUUGUAUUUUGUUUGACCGCCAUUAUUACUGUCGCAUACAAUAAAUUAUGUUUCUACUAAUAAUACUGUUGUUUGUAAAUGUCCUGUAAACUUUACUGCUUUACAGUAUAAAUUCGUACAUACACGGUGUCACAGAACACAACCCAUAAUUUGCAUGAUGUCUGAUGCACAUGCGCGGCUGAAGCAUCGAUAAUUGAAUUUACAUUUGAAUUUAAAUGAUAAUAGUCGAAACGCGAAACAAGAAUGUGAAAUCAUGCAACUACGUUUUGUCUUUCACAAUUUCGUCGUAUUAUUAAUGUUAAUAAAUUUGGUAUUUCGUAUAAAAGAUGGAAGAAUUAUGUAAAAAAAUAGAAAAUGAAUGUUUUAACAGAUCUCAAGAAACUGAAAGCUGCGCGAUUGAAAAAACGAUCAAAUAUAAAAAGUCCGAUAUUAGAGAAUGUUUCAUUGACUAUUCUCUGGAAGACAAAGUUGCAGCUUUGAAAUGCAUGAUUGACUACAAUGAAAAACAUGCAGAAGACGCGCCAGUGCAUAGUAGCGCGCCUAAAACUACUAUCGGUGUAAAGGAAUGUAUGCAAGCAGACCAAGAAACACAGUUCCAAACCAUAAUUUCAGAGUUAAGAAAUACUGUGAUGAAUAGCUACUGGAAUAAAGAAGUUGGCAAAACACCUUAUCAAACUCCGAAUCUUCCAAUUGGCAUGAAUCCAUGGGAAACAGUCUUCGGAAAGAAAAUUAGAUCUGAGACAACCAUGAAUGAAUUACUUCAGGCAAAAACGAAUCAAAUGGAUAUUUUGAAGCCAGAUAUACUUGAUAUGUAUAAAAAAAGCCAUAACAGCUACCUGCCUGCAGAGCAAAUUAGAAGAAAUUAUAAGGAACCAUUCAAUCAAGCUUCUUGCUUUGGAAAAUAUAAUAAUGCAGAUGUUGAGGGCACAAGAGUUAAAAAACGGCUAACAUGGAUUAAUUCCAAUCCUUCUACACUUGUUAAUUCCAUUCUAGCUGAUUUUAAGGAACGGACGUGUUCUCGUGUUGGAGAAGUAAGAAAUUAUAAACAAGCAGAUAUAUUUAUGGACAUGGUACAUGGAAAGGCAAUUAAAAGGGUUCAAACGAAUAUCCUAUCCGACUAUCCUAUUAAUAAUGUUGUUGUGGAAGAGAAGAAAUAUUUGCAAUAUAUCAAUGGUUUGCGUCGGAAGUAUAAAAAACAAUUCCCAGAAAUUCCGUUUCUGGAUAUUCAAGAAGAGCUGGCCAAUCUUGAUCAAGACUACACAGGAAUACUACCAGAAGACACAGUCUUCUCUACAUUAAUGAAAUAUAAAAUGUACAUAAACAAAGUACAGUUUACACCACUAUUGGAUCUCCUUUCAAUACGUAAAGAGAAAAAUGUUAAUUACACAGAACUACUGAAUCUCUUAAAUUGGAAAUACAUCUUUCCAACAUUACCAAAAAUCAAGAGUGUUCCUUUAGAGUGUCAAUGUUAUCAUACUGCGUAUAAGGACGUGAUUGGAAACAUAAAAGAAACAGAUACUACAAGUUAGUGUAAAGACUAUUUUAUUAAAUUAUAUUUUAUUACUAUAUUAUUCCUUUCAGAGGAAGUUCUGCACAAAACUUUGAAAGAUGACAGAACUACAGCUUAUGAUCUCAUCUUCCCAUCUGUCUUUACCAGAUAUGGUCUGGACCGUAACGACCUUACCAAACCACAUGAUAAAGAAGAGAUAAGAACUAUAUUUACAAAUAUAGGUGUUCAUUUUACUGAUGACAGUUUCAAUUUACUUUGGACAGAAGGAUUAAAAGAGUAUAACGUACAGAACUUAUCAGUGCUAACUUUUAAAAAUUUGUGUGAUAAAUAUAACGUGACAAUUGAUAAAAAGGAUUCAUAAAUGUUAUCUACAUUAAAUAACAGAUUUAUAAAAGACCUUAAAA